AUGUUCUACACCAUUAGCUGCCAAAUCAGAGCUGAUAUCACGAGUAUAUAUAACUUGAAAUUUAUUAAUGCAACCAUAGAAUUUUCACGGAAAGACUGGCUAGGCAUUUCUAUUCAAUCAAGUGUAAUCACCAAUUUAGAUGAUUAACUUGCUAGUGUGAAUUAUUUCAAGGGACCAGAGCAAGAUAAGGCUAUGAUGACUGGAUUACACACUGUAUCAGACAUUCAUUGCAAGAGCUGCAUGAAAACAAUAGGCUGGACCUAUAUCUAUGCGCACAAUGAAUCUGAGAAAUACAAGGAAGGCAAAUUUAUAAUCGAAAAAUCCUAUAUGAAACUAGUCGGAGAUAAAAAGUAAUCCUCAAGCAACUUUUGCAUUUGA